GCAGGAGGUGAUGACGCACUCUUAUGUAACGCGCUAACCUCCAAUUAUGACGACAAAGCAGCCUGUUGACGUCUGAUCGGAGCAGCGUUUCCUGGUUACGGUGAAGCUAAGCUAACAGUCAGUCCGCUUCUCCCGGGCUAUUGGUGUACCUCCUCCGCCGCUCAGAGGGGCUCCGCCUCGGUGUCUUUCCCGGCAGGUUUCGCUCCUCGGCAGACGGACGCUCGCAUCAGACGCUCACCGUGAAUCCUCCCCGGGAUGUCCUUCCUGGAGAAGCCGACCCCCGGCAGGCUGCUGCUGGACGACACCGUCCCCCUGACGGCGGUGAUCGAAGCCAGCCAGAACCUGCAGUCCCACACGGAGUACAUCAUCAGAGUCCAGAGGGGUGUGUCUUCAGAGAACAACUGGCAGGUGAUUCGGCGUUACAGUGACUUCGACGUUCUCAACAGCAGCCUGAUGGUGUGCGGCAUCGGCCUCCCUCUUCCUCCUAAGAAGUUGAUCGGAAACAUGGACAGGGAGUUCAUAGCAGAGAGGCAGAGAGGACUGCAGGCUUAUCUGGACUCCAUUACCCAGCAUCCCAUGCUUUGCAGCUCCCUGCAUGUCAAGAAGUUCCUCGACCCCAACAACUAUUCUGCCAACUACACAGAGAUCGCCCUGCAGCAGGUCUCCAUGUUCUUCAGGUCGGACCCGAAGUGGGAGGUCCUGGAGCCUCUCAGAGACAUGGGCUGGAGGAUCAGGAAGAGAUAUUUCUUAAUCAAAAACAAAGAGCAGCCCAAAGAGAGGUAUCUGCUGAGCUGGGUGGACCUGGGUCCUGAUAAGUUCCUGUCAGACAAAGACCUGCAGUCAGCCAUGAAGCUGCUAACCAGCCUCUCUAGUCCAUACCUCUGUCCGUUGGUGUUCUCCAGCACCAGCGAGUCUUCAGCUCUGCUCAUCCGGCCGUUCAGUGAGAGAGGCUCUCUGAGAGACCACAUCUGUAAGGUGAAGCCCAGAGAGAGUUACCUGAAGAAGUACUGUAACCCAAAGAAGAGUCAGGGUCUUGAACUGCCGCACAUCAAAUUGUACGGUCGUCAGAUACUGGAGGGCCUCAAACUCCUCCAUGAUGGUGGUUUAUUUUUCGGUCACCUACACGCAUCCAAUAUCAUCGUGGACGACGGCGUGUGUCGACUAAUGGAUGUGGAGAACGGCAUGCUGGGAGUUCCAUCAGCGCUGCGACCGGCCUUCACCCAGCUCAGAAAGAUCAACACAACAGAGAGCAUCGACGUCUUCUGCUUCGGACACUUACUGUACGAGAUGACGUACGGCCGACCACCAGACAGCGUCCCCGUCGAUCAAUACCCCACUGUCCCCUACACCGCUGUGGUGUCAGUGCUGCAGUCCAUUCUGUCCACAGAGGCCUGUAAGAGCGGGAUGCCAACAGUGUCGCAGCUCAUUCAGACACCGCUGUUCAGUGACGUUCAGCUACAACACUCAGAAAAACUCCAGAUCAAGGUUCCCAGCAGGCUAAAGGAGGCGCUGAAGACGGCCAAGGAGAGUCUGGAGAAGAGGCUUCAGGAGGAGCAGAGAGUGCUCCAUCAGCACAGGAGGCUGACCAGAGCUCAGUCUCACCACGGCUCAGAGGAGGAGAAGAAGAGGAGGAAGAUUUUGGCGAGGAAGAAGUCCAGACAGUCUGCUUAUGAAAAUGAAGAAGAUGUCUCUGUUAGAAAUAACAAUAACUCUGGUUCUGGAGCCAGUUCCCCUCCCACAUGCCCCUCCUCCCCCACCCCCCCAUCCACCACAGGAGCCCAAACUGCUCCUCCUCCUCCUCCUCCUCCCCCUCCUACGCUGGACGUCCCCCCUUGUCCUCCUCCUCCUCCUCUGUCCUCCUCUGAUGGAGCCGGGGGAGGUCGCACCGCCCUGCUGAGCUCCAUCCAGACCUUCAGUAAGGGCAAACUGAAGAAGGCCAAGACUGUCGACCGCAGCAAACCCAUCAUCUGACCCCGCCCGCCAUCGCCACCGAAAACCGUCACUACGACGACAUGACCGACCCACCUGCGCUGUGGUCUGGACCGGGUCACGUCGUUGCUCCCUGAGAUGUGAAAAAAUAUCACACACACACACAAAAAAAAAAAAAUCAAAGUACCAUUUUAGUUUUAAGGCUUUUUCUGUUUUUUUUUUCUGCUUUUAAAUUUUAAAAUCUGUUGCUGUGUUAAGAGAAAGUAGAGGAUCGGCGGGGGAAAACGGCCGCCUCAGUUUGCCCUUUGAAAAACUCUGGACAAUCUAAGCCACCUGAAGGUUUGUCUUCUCUGACUGCUUUGUUACUAAGACACAGCAGCCACCAGUCUCCAGAUAAAAGAUAAUAAACUUAAACUGGGUCUGGUGAGCUGUUCUGGUCCAAUCGCUGCUUCAGCAGGCAGCCAACUGGCUUUAUUUCUGCUCUUCAGGCUUGUAAAAGUGGCGUUUUGAAGGUUUGAUAUUUUGGAGCCACUGGACGCUUCAUUUCGCUGGAUGACCAAGUUGAAUUUCCUGCAUCCAAACCUCUAAUGUGGGCGCUCUGACGCUGUCAUGGAACAGUUACUGGUCCUGAUCCAGAUCCCGUAGCAGCAGAAUUAAUUGCCCCAGUCUCCUUCAGCCUCCCUGUUUGAAAUCAUCUCUGUGACCCUUGACAUGUAGCCUCCAGACUCCACUGGGACUGUUUCACUGCAGGACGUCAGUGACAAAGAAGAACUACAGAAAAUCAACAGAGCUGCACUGCAAAAAUCUCAUAAAGUCAUUUCUGUCUGUAAAUAAGUCCUGAAAACAUGACUUAAAUUAGUCCUAAAACAAGUGAAAAAAAUCUGCCAGUGCAGUGAAUAUUUUCAUAUGUGUGCAGAAUAUUUUCAUAGAAAUUAACUUCUCAUCUCUAGAAAUGAGUGUCUGCCUCUUGAAACAAGAAAAAUAAGGGAGGUUGCUGCGUUAGGAGCAAGAAAGUUUAACUUGAACUUAGAAAAUACUUGAUAUAUUUUGAUUUGCAUUGGAAACAAGUUAAAACAUUCUUGCAGAACUUGCAGAUUUUUUUCAGUUGUUUGAAGUAAAUAGGACUCAAAUUACAGACAAAAAUGACAACUUAAUAAGAAGAAUGUUUGUUGCAGCGUAUCUGUCUGAAACUACACAAACCUUAACCAGUUGAGGUGCGAUCACACCUGCUUGUUGGUUUUGCUUGGUGUGAAUCGGGGAUAGAUUAGUUUGACUCAUUGCUGCAUUUUGUGCAAUUAACUCAUCAGUUAGAGAUUCUGGCAGUGAGAGGAAGUUAGUUAGAACCAUGACAUGGAUCUCUUCCUCUGUGGUGAAAAUAUAAAGAAAUAACUUGAGUUUUAUUCAGCUCUGUAAGCAUGAGGUGACCUGAUUGGUCAAUUAUAGAUUCACUCUGAACAACUUAACGUCAGUUUCAGAUCAAAACUGCAAGAGCGAAUAGUUUGUGCGAGGUAGAGCGCAAAAAUAAAGAGCAGCACAUAAUCCUACAAAGCAGCUAACUACGAUGCUACAAGCUACACUGGGAUGUAACGAUGUAAACUUUCUAAUCUGGUAUCCUCGUCCUCUCUGAGUUUCUUUCUGGAAUGCUUGAGAGUUUUUACCCGUUAGGAUUUGAGAGUAGAUUUAUAUAUAACUAUGGGAAUUCAGAGAAGCACAAUGGAUCGCCAUCAUACUAUAACUUCCCAUCAAAUGAGAGAUUAGCAAAGAUCAGUGAUGUGCGCGCCACUAUGACUGACGCAGCUGCUCUCUUCAUUGGAAAUAAUAACUCUACGCAAUGUCGAACUUGUGUUUUUGAUGUGGAAGUCCUGUAAAGGCAGAGAUGGUGUUCAGACGUCUGUACUGUCUCAGAUCAGAGCAACAUGGAUCCACAGCAACGAGCCGAUCAGCUCUGAUUGUAUUCUGGGUCUGAAAUUAAUCCGAAAUUAAAGUUUUCUCCACCAGCUACAGUAUCAGUAGAUAAAAUAACAUCAUCACCUUUGCACCAGAGAAAAAAAACUUAAUUAUUCUACAUUCCUACAAAUACUGAAGUACCCGCUCUGCUAUUUCUGCAUGUUUUAGCUAAUUAAUUUCAAAUCACUUAUACUUGACAUCAUUGCUAUUAUUUAAAUCCAUCAGUUCUUAGAUAGAUUUCUUUCCUUACAGGCAGCCGUUGGAUUCGGAUCAUGACUAUCAAAAUCGACUUGCAGAAACAUUUAGCUGCCUUUUAGUUUUCCGUCUUACUUCAUAGUUGUGGUUAUUUAAAGUUGCUUGCAGGGACUGUGUUGAAAACGGUCUUUUUUUCUUAACAGCAACUUUUCUUAAUGCAAAAAAUAACCACCUUCAGAUAAUAACUUUCAUAACAUCCAUCCAUUUGCUGAUUUUAUGUCAUAUGGAUUUGAUUUUCUGAUAAUAAUGAAUGCAGCACUUCAGCAGCUGACUCAGUUCUGUGUCCGCUGACUUAAACUUUGACAUUUUAAAUCCUCAGUCAAGGUCGAGUCAAACAUCCUGUUGUCAGUCUCAGCAUCACAGCCUUUCUUUCACUGUGUAAUUUUACACCGAGAUAAUACAGGAUAAUAGCAGGCUUUUAUAAAACUAUUCUUCUACUUCACCAUUUAUUCUUCACCAUCAAAACCAGAUUAUUGGAUCUAAAUGGAUCCGCAGGAGGUUUCAAGCGUCUGCAAGUUUAUUUUCCUAGAAAUUACCUUGGCGGCCUGGAGGGAAGGAAAUCUGCAGUAAUAUUAGUACAAGAAGAAGAAGAGUUCAGUUAACCUUCAACUGACAGCCGUUAAGGGUUAAUUUCAGACCCUAAUUGUGUUGAUUUGCGUCAUUUUAAGUGUUUUGCUUCUGUCUUAAUUCUGUUGUAUUUUGAUGUUUGUCAUCGUCACAGAGCUGAUAUUUGUUUAUUGUGCCAUAUGGAUCCUUGUGCCUAUGGAAACCUGAAUGUUUUUUUUUUUUUGUAAAAAUAUUGUAUGUGUCAGAAGCUCUGUCUGAUGAGGAUGCUAACGCUUUAGCACGCAGGAUGUUAUCACGGGUGACUGGCAGCAGAGUUUGGGCAUGUCCCUGUAAUGAGUUGGGCUGAAACUAAUGAUUAAUGUCAUUAUCUAUUAAUCUGUUAAUUAUUUCACAAUUAAUCAAUUAGUUAAUGUCAGAAAAUAGCAACAAAAUGUCCAUCACAGUUUCUCAGAGCCCAUGGCGGCGUUUUCAGAUUACUUGUUUUGUCCAACCAAAACCCAAAUAUAUUUAGUUUACAAUGAUGUAAAAUAGAAAAAGCAGCAAAUACUCACAUUGGAGAAGCUUGAACCAGAGAGCGUUUAGCAUUUUGUGCUUAAAAAGCGACUUUAAACAACUAAUUGAUUAUCAGAAUUGUUGCAGAUAAUUUUUUUGACAUUCAACAAAUCAAUUGUGGUAUGACUGAAAAAAACAAGCCUUUAAAUUUUAAGUGGCAUUAAAGAGUCAGUAGUCGCUAAAUUGCACUAGUAUCAAAAGAUUAGUGAGACAAUUUGGGGAAUACGCUUAUUCACUAUAUGAUAGAAGGUGUCAGCUGGUCACCUCAAGUCACAUUUGAUUAGUUAAAUUUAUGUACUCAAGUGCAGGAUGAGUUAUCAAAAAUACUUUCAUGCAGGGACAUAAGACCUUGAAAAAGCUGUGUCUUUAAGACCUCAUUUCUUUGCCUUAAGCCUGCUCACCUGUGAUUACCUGACACACCGUGUGCUGAAGCAUUAGUCUGCCUGGCAGACAGAGCGGCUGUUGGAGCGGAUUUUGUGGUGAAUCCUGAGGUCGGGUGAAUCCUGCAGCCUGAUGACUCUGAUCACUACAAUCCCAAGUUUCAGCACUCAGAGCGUUUGUUUUAAAUGCUUUAAGCUGAAAUCAUUUGUUUUUGUUAUUCAGUGCAAUCCAGUUCAAUGCAAUGGUCUUCAUGUCUUGAAUGGUCAUUAAAUUGUAUCCGAAUGUUUCUCCGCAGCACUUUACCCAUGAGGGGUUGAAGACAAGUCCAGAGGCGUGUUUGUGUUUGUGAAAACAAAUUUGCAAAAUAAAUUCAGAGUCGCAGAGACAGUUGGUAUGAAAAACCAUGAUCAGGUCACUCUCAGUUACCACACAGUAGAUGCGUCCAAUGUUUCCAGAUUUUGUCCCAGUGUCAUCUUUUAAAAUAAAAAUUCCUCUUCUACAUUUAACGCAGCUGCAAAAUGACCCUCAUCAUCAAUAUUGAAAUAAAAAUCUAGCGAGUCUGCUGUGAUGAAAUAACUGUAUCCACCGAGUGAACAUUUGAUUAAAAAUGGUUCAAGAAAA